UCUUGGUAGUUGGUGAUGCAUUAUUUCUUUACUCGGCAUUGUUGUGUUCAGAAGGAGGAGGAGGAGGAGGAGGACAUGUCUGCAGACUCAGGAACUGUAAUAACUGAAGAGGCAGAAGCAACAAGUACAAUUUCUGCCGAUGGAGCAGAUGCCAUCUCUGCAGAUGCACUGAACAUCACAAUUGCUGUGGAUUCUUUGAGGUGCACAGACAAAGAGGACGAGGGGAGUCCACAGAAUACAGAAGUCAAGAGGAUAUAUGACCGAAAUUUCCUGUUGGAGCUGAGGUAUCACCCUCUGUCAAUGAAGAGACCGGACGACUUACCUGAUCUUAGUGCAAUAAUGAAGGAUGGCACAAACCAGGUACAUGUGGUAGAGAGGAGAUCCUCAAAGAGAAAUAGAACUCUCUCUGACACGCCAUCUCAUAAUAUAUUUUUUCCUGACUUCAUGAAGGGACAUGAUUCCAAAGAGCAGCCUGCACCUUGGAGAAACAGACAGCCGAUCGUCACUAAGUAUAAGAAGCCUGUUAUUCAUAUAGAGCUUUCGCUCAAGGAAGACGUUCAACUGCGACAUACAGAAAACGCAUGGAGGCCUAGACGAGUGAAGCCCUCUGCUACCAAUGAAGAGGAGGCAAAGACUCAGGUAUGUACCUGGCAUUCUUUGACCACAGGAUCGCAGAAGCAGUGAAUACUGCUGUGUCUA